AUGCCACUGACAAGGCACGGAGACCCCCUCCGAAAGAAUGCAUUCAAUACGGUGAAUCUGGCUGCGGCUUGUGUGAUCACGACGGUCAAGUUUGCCACUAGACUGGGGAUCCCGCAGGACCGAUGGAGUUUCCCUCUUGGUGGUGCUGGGUCCAUGGAUGCCGCCGAGUUCUGGCAACGGCCCGAUUACUACUCCAAUCCGGCCAUUGCAUAA